GCUUCGAGCACGUAUCCGCGGAUACACCGGAAUAACCAAAAACAAAAAACACAAAUAAAAAAUAGCUUAAAAAGCUUGAACGAUCCAACACUCAGCUGUGCCGCGUAUACUGUUAGAUUUUGGCGAAAAAUGGAUGGACUGCAAAGUGCUUGCAUCGUGGCUGGCUCUGAUGGACAGUCAUAAAUUCGGCGUGAAAUUCGCGCAGAUACUUAGAUACUCGGCUAUCUCGCAUAUACUUAUCGAGAUCUGUGACAAAUUGCGCGUGUGUGUUUGUGAUACCAAAAGCCGUCCAAAUUCGUAGCUCAGCCCUUUGCGGCCAAUUACCCAUUAGAAUCAACAAAAACAUUCGCCUGCAGGUAGAACGCAAAAGUCUAGCCAGUUUGGCCUCAGGAUGCCAUCGGAUUAAUUUCCCAGAUAUCCUGCUGGUUGUGACAAUUAUACCUUUGUGAUCCUCCACGACGAUUUCCGCACUCAGCAUAAGUGAAAUUCGUGGUUCAGUGCAGUGAAAAUCAGAACAAACUCACUUCUACGCAGGUGAACGCCGUCGGCUAACUAAAAUUACUCCAGUCCACCACUUCGACCCCUGGCUUCAAAAUGGAUCCCGACUGCUUUGCGAUGUCCUCGUACCAGUUCGUCAACUCGCUGGCCUCCUGUUAUCCGCAGCAGAUGAACUCGCAGCAGAAUCACCCGGGGGCGGGCAAUUCGAGUGCGGGCGGCAGCGGGGGCGGGGCGGCCCCAGUGGUGCCCAGUGGCGGUGCAAACGGGAGUCAGGGCAGUGCGGGGGCGGGCACGCCGGGAGCGAACGAUUAUUUCCCAGCAGCGGCGGCCUAUACGCCCAACCUGUACCCAAACACACCGCAGGCCCACUACGCCAAUCAGGCGGCCUACGGCGGACAGGGAAAUCCGGAUAUGGUGGACUACACGCAGCUGCAGCCGCAGCGACUGCUCCUGCAGCAGCAGCAGCAGGUGCAACAGCAACAGCAGCAGCAACAUGCGCAUGCAGCGGCAGCAGUCGCUGCCCAGCAGCAGCAGCAGCAACUCGCCCAGCAGCAACACCCGCAACAGCAGCAACAGCAGCAGCAAGCCAACAUCAGUUGCAAGUACGCCAAUGAUCCAGUGACGCCGGGCGGAAGUGGGAACGGCGGGGUUCCCGGUGCUAGCAACAACAACAACAGCGCCAACAGCAGCAACAACAACAACAGCCAGUCGCUGGCCAGUCCACAGGAUCUGUCCACCAGGGACAUUUCGCCAAAACUAUCGCCCAGUUCAGUGGUGGAGAGCGUGGCCCGAUCCCUGAACAAGGGCGUCCUGGGUGGAAGCCUGGCGGCAGCCGCUGUCGCUGCCGGUUUGAACAACAACCACAGCGGAUCGGGUGUGCCCGGAGGUCCUGGGCACGUCAAUGUGCCGAUGCACAGUCCGGGGGGCGGGGACUCGGACUCCGAGAGCGACAGCGGCAAUGAGGCGGGCAGCAGCCAGAACAGCGGCAACGGCAAGAAGAACCCGCCGCAGAUAUAUCCGUGGAUGAAGCGAGUGCAUCUCGGGACGAGUACUGUGAAUGCCAAUGGCGAGACGAAACGACAACGGACCUCAUACACCCGCUACCAGACGCUGGAGCUGGAGAAGGAGUUCCACUUCAACCGCUACCUGACCCGCCGCCGCAGGAUCGAGAUCGCGCACGCCCUGUGCCUCACGGAGCGGCAGAUCAAGAUCUGGUUUCAGAACCGGCGCAUGAAGUGGAAGAAGGAGCACAAGAUGGCCUCGAUGAACAUCGUACCCUACCACAUGGGUCCAUAUGGCCACCCGUACCACCAGUUCGAUAUCCAUCCGUCGCAGUUCGCGCACCUGAGCGCAUAGGACGCGUGGCACUUUUCGGGUACUGGUUAGAGACUCAAUCAGUUGUAUCAGGAACCAUAUCAGACGGCGGCGGCGGCCUCGGCGGCCAGUGGUUAUCAGUCGCAGGACGGUGCUCCAGUGGGUGG